AUGUCUCUCCCACGCGGCCUCUCGUCGGUCCUCAAAAAGAGCCCCUCGGACGUUGUCAUUCUGUCGUCCCUGCGGACCCCGGUUUGCCGAUCCUACCGAGGUCAGCUCAAGGAUGCCUACCCCGAAGAGCUCCUCUCGGUCGUGCUGCGCGCCACGCUCGACGCGAACCCCAACCUCGACCCGGCGGCCGUCGAAGAGGUCGCCGUCGGCGUCGUCCUCUCGGAGCUCGGCGGCUCCAAGGCCGCCAAGAUGGCCCUCAACCACGUCGGCUACCCGAGCACGACGACCCUCUACACCGUCAACCGCGCCUGCUCGUCGUCGCUGCAGUCCAUUGCGCUCGUCGCGGCGCAGAUCCGCACCGACGUCAUCUCGGUCGGCAUCGGCGCCGGCAUGGAGAGCAUGACGCGCAACUACGGCAGCAAGGCCAUCCCCGUCGACCUGUGGCCCGCCCUCAAGGCGUCCGACGUCAAGGACGCGCGCGACUGCAUCAUGCCCAUGGGCCUGACGUCGGAGAACGUCGCCGCGCGCUACGGCGUGUCGCGCGCCGACCAGGACGCCUUUGCCGUCGAGAGCCACCGCCGCGCCGCCAGGGCGCGCGCCGACGGCGCCUUUGCGCAGGAGAUUGUGCCCGUGGCGACGCGCUUCCAGGCGGUCGACAAGCAGGGCAACAAGGUCGGCGACGAGCAGCAGGUGACGGUGACGCAGGACGACGGCAUCCGCGCCGGCGCCUCGGUCGAGGGCCUCGCCAAGCUGAAGCCCGCGUUCACGCCCGACGGCUCCAGCACGGCGGGCAACUCGUCCCAGGUGUCGGACGGCGCGGCGGCGACGCUGCUGAUGCGGCGAAGCACGGCGACGGCGCUGGGUCUCUCGGGCAGCAUUCUCGGCAGGUUUGUCGGCGCCACGACGGCGGGGUGCGCGCCCGACGAGAUGGGCAUCGGACCCGUGCUGGCGAUCCCCAAGAUCCUGGACCAGCUGGGCCUCACGACCGAGGACGUCGACCGGUGGGAGAUCAACGAGGCGUUCGCGAGCCAGGCCAUCCACAGCGUGCGCGCGCUGGGGCUCGAGAAGGCGUGGCAGGACGGCCGUGUCAACCCCGACGGCGGCGCCAUUGCGCUGGGCCACCCGCUCGGUGCGACGGGGGCCAGGAUGACGAGCACGCUGCUGCACGGCCUCGGGAGGACGGGCGGCGAGGUCGGUGUCGUCAGCAUGUGUGUCGGCACGGGCAUGGGCAUGGCGGGCGUGUUUGUGCGGGAGUAA